AUGAUUACGGUAAUAUAUUCAACGUAAAAGGUGGAUAUUGGUGUGUUUGAACUGUGGUCAGUGAUGCGAACAUUGGUUAGUGGAGAAAAACUCCAGAAAAGGCAAGGAAAGUGGCGUACUGACAAAGAACAAGCUCUGGGUGAUCAACACCAAUUUCCUCUCCUCGAAGGAACCCAAGGAGCCAACUUCUGA